AUGGAUCCAACGGAUGAGUGUUGUUUUAGUUAUAAAAAAAAGAUGGAUCCGAUGGAUCCAACGGAUGAGUGUGUUAGUUAGAAAAAAGAUGGAUCCGAUGGAUCCAAUGGAUCCAACGGAUGAGUGUUUUAGUUAUAAAAAAAAAAGAUGGAUCCAACGGAUGAGUGUUUUAGUUAUAAAAAAAAAAGAUGGAUCCGAUGGAUGAGUAUUUUAGUUAUAAAAAAAAAGGAUUCGAUGUAUCCAAAGGAUCCGAUGUAUCCAAAGGAUCCGAUGGAUAAAUAGAUCCUUUUUUAAAAGGAUCCGGUGGAUCCAAAGGAUCGGGUGGAUCCCAAGGAUCCGGUGGAUCCGAUGGAUCCGGUGGAUCCGAUGGAUCCGGUGGAUCCCAAGGAUCCGAUGGAUCCAAAGGAUCCGAAGGAUCCGGAGGAUCCAAAGGAUCCGGUGGAUCCGAUGGAUCCGGUGGAUCCGAUGGAUCCGGUGGAUCCGAUGGAUCCGGUGGAUCCCAAGGAUCCGGUGGAUCCCAAGGAUCCGAUGGAUCCCAAGGAUCCGGUGGAUCCCAAGGAUCCGGUGGAUCCGAUGGAUCCCAAGGAUCCGGUGGAUCCCAAGGAUCCGGUGGAUCCCAAGGAUCCGGUGGAUCCCAAGGAUCCGGUGGAUCCCAAGGAUCCGGUGGAUCCCAAGGAUCCGGUGGAUCCCAAGGAUCCGGUGGAUCCGGUGGAUCCGGUGGAUCCCAAGGAUCCGGUGGAUCCCAAGGAUCCGGUGGAUCCCAAGGAUCCGAUGGAUCCCAAGGAUCCGAUGGAUCCCGAGGAUCCGGUGGAUCCCGAGGAUCCGAAGGAUCCGGUGGAUCCCAAGGAUCCGGUGGAUCCCAAGGAUCCGGUGGAUCCCAAGGAUCCGGUGGAUCCCAAGGAUCCGGUGGAUCCCAAGGAUCCGAUGGAUCCCAAGGAUCCGAUGGAUCCCGAGGAUCCGGUGGAUCCCGAGGAUCCGGUGGAUCCGGAGGAUCCGAAGGAUCCGGUGGAUCCGAAGGAUCCGGUGGAUCCCAAGGAUCCGGUGGAUCCCAAGGAUCCGGUGGAUCCCAAGGAUCCGGUGGAUCCGAUGGAUCCGGUGGAUCCGGUGGAUCCGAUGGAUCCGGUGGAUCCGAUGGAUCCGAUGGAUCCGAUGGAUCCGGUGGAUCCCAAGGAUCCGGAGGAUCCGAAGGAUCCGGUGGAUCCCAAGGAUCCGGUGGAUCCCAAUGGAUCCCAAGGAUCCGGUGGAUCCCAAGGAUCCGGUGGAUCCCAAGGAUCCGGAGGAUCCGAAGGAUCCGGUGGAUCCGAAGGAUCCGGUGGAUCCCAAGGAUCCGGUGGAUCCCAAGGAUCCGGUGGAUCCCAAGGAUCCGAUGGAUCCCAAGGAUCCGAUGGAUCCCGAGGAUCCGGUGGAUCCCGAGGAUCCGGUGGAUCCGAAGGAUCCGGUGGAUCCCAAGGAUCCGGUGGAUCCCAAGGAUCCGGUGGAUCCGAUGGAUCCGGUGGAUCCGAUGGAUCCCAAGGAUCCGGUGGAUCCCAAGGAUCCGAUGGAUCCCAAGGAUCCGAUGGAUCCCAAGGAUCCGAUGGAUCCCAAGGAUCCGGUGGAUCCGGAGGAUCCCAAGGAUCCGGUGGAUCCCAAGGAUCCGAUGGAUCCCAAGGAUCCGAUGGAUCCCAAGGAUCCGGUGGAUCCCAAGGAUCCGGAGGAUCCGAAGGAUCCGGUGGAUCCGAAGGAUCCGGUGGAUCCCAAGGAUCCGGUGGAUCCCAAGGAUCCGGUGGAUCCCAAGGAUCCGAUGGAUCCCAAGGAUCCGGUGGAUCCCAAGGAUCCGGUGGAUCCCAAGGAUCCGGUGGAUCCCAAGGAUCCGGUGGAUCCGAUGGAUCCCAAGGAUCCGGUGGAUCCGAUGGAUCCCAAGGAUCCGGUGGAUCCCAAGGAUCCGGUGGAUCCCAAGGAUCCGGUGGAUCCCAAGGAUCCGGUGGAUCCCAAGGAUCCG